CAGAGCCCAACGAGAAGGAGGCCAAGACACAAGGGAGGAAGGGGAUAAGAAAGGGAGACGGGGAGGGGGGAGAUAUAGAGAAAAAAAGGGAAGCUGGCAAUGAGACAGAGAGAGUAAAGACCUUCCAGGCACAGGAUACAAUCAAAUGAAUAAUCUGGAUUGAACUAUGGGGUUCAGAGUUGAGUCUGAUUGCCUGAUGGACUGACAACUGAGCCCGGCCCCCUUUGAGCUGUACCCUCAAGAAACAUGAAGUGUCUUUGAAGCAGCUGUCUACGGCUGAAGCACUGGAGCCCCCUUGUGGCAACUAAAUCCUACACAAACAUUUACAAGCGCAUAACAACAAAGUAAGGGAUUUAUCCAAAAUCCAAAGUCUUUUCUUAACUUCAGCGAUGGAAUGUGGGUCGAGAAUAUGCCACCUCUGUGACACGGGUGUGAUGAGGAACCGUUACUCAAAAUGAUGAAUCUUUCACUGUGUCUCAGCUCAGUGACAAUGAUGUUGACUGUACCAUUCCACAGAAAACGGUGCUGACCAUUUCGCUGCACAGACAGGGUAUGGACUGUACCAACCCACUGACAGGGGUGCUGAGUGUACUAUUCCCCAGACGGGGUCACUGACAGUAAAUAGGUGUUUGGCCACGAUUCCUGGUGACUAGAGGUUAUGAGUUAGCUGUGUGACGGAGCCCCUGAACAUGAUCUGGAGGAUACUGCAGGGCGUGGGCUUGGUGCUCGUCAUAUUUCUGACGGUGUUUGGUAACGUGCUGGUGUGCCUCGCGGUGGGCGCCUGCCGCAAGCUGCGCUGCGUCACCAACGGCCUGGUGGUGUCCCUGGCGACGACAGACCUCCUCCUGGGGCUGCUCGUGCUUCCCUUUUCCGCCAUGAGGCAACUGCGUGGCGACUGGCCUCUGGGCGCCAUCUUCUGCAACGUUUACGUCAGCCUGGACGUCAUGCUCUGCACCGCCUCCAUCCUCAACUUGCUCGUCAUCAGUGUGGACCGCUACUUCGCCAUCACUGCGCCACUGCGCUACCCAACCCUGGUCACGAGCACCCGCAUCAUGGUGGCUAUGGCCCUCAUCUGGAUCAUCUCCCUGAUGGUGUCCUUCCUGCCAAUUCACCUGGGCUGGAACACGCGGGACCACAGCAUCCAGAACUACGGCCAGGACGACGGCUGGGAAUGCCAUUUCAAGCUGAACCCCAGCUAUGUGCUGGUGGACGCCUUUGCCACAUUCUACCUCCCCCUGCUGGUCAUGUGCUGCACCUAUUACCGCAUCUUCAGGAUCGCGCGCGAGCAGGCGAAGCGCAUCAACGCGCGGUCCACGUCCGCGUGCGUGGCAGCCGCGGUGCGCGAGCACAAGGCCACGAUGACGCUGGCAGGAGUCCUGGGCGCCUUCAUCAUCUGCUGGUUCCCGUACUUCACGUACUUCACCUACAGAGGGCUAUACGAGGAAACGGUCAACCCCACUGUCAACUCAGUGGUCCUGUGGCUGGGCUACCUUAACUCCGCCAUUAACCCCGUCCUGUAUGCGGCUCUAAACCGAGACUUCCGCAACGCCUAUGAACAGCUGCUGCGCUGCAAAAGCCAAGACCCCUACAUCAGCAGCUCCACAGUGGCCCCUACUGGAGAAAUGGUAUUCCUGUGCGCACACACUACCUGUAAUGUGGAAUCGCAUGGCAACAUUGAUGUGAUGCUGCAGGAGAGGAAUAGCAGCAUUCAGAUGAGUCAGGACAGGUAGUGUUUCACAUAGAGGCGUAUAAUACUAGUCAGGACAGGCCGCUUAGUACAAAUAAGUGGUAAUAUAGCGGAAGAAAGAGAUGCAUGGUUCCUGUCACAGCAGAUGGUAUAGCACUGAGAGGUAUAUAUUUCAACCAGGUAGCAUAGCAAAAAGUGACAUAAGACAGGUAGACACAAAAUGGUGUGUGAUACCAGAUUAGGUAGCUAGCACAGAGUUGUGCAUAACUUUACCUGAGGCAGGUGGCAGAGCACACAGGGAAGGGCAAUAUUAGGAGGAUUAGGUAGCAUAAAUAUAGAAAUAUAGAUAUGUAUUAUGUGAAGCCAGACAUGUAGCAUGAUGCACAGAGAGGCUGAUUACCAGGCUGGACAGGGAGCAUAGUGCCAGGACAGUUAGGGUUUAACACAGAUGUGUAUAAGUGUAUAACUACAGUGUGAGAUUAAGACACUGUACUUUAGCACGAUUGUUUAGGUGUUUUUUAAAUCUUAAUCUCUGGACUUCUGUUGAGGUAUAAAAUCCAUUUUUGAAAAAUACAGAUGUUUUCAAAACAGGUGCAGAACCAAGGCAGCACCCAAAACUAGGCAGAAUAUAGAGAAUGUUCCUUAAAAAUACUGUUGAGGAACUCAUCAGAUAUGUGUGAGAACAAUUAAGGACACAGGGUAUGCAAGAAAAAGGUAUUACUGAAGUAUUAAAACACAACACUGAUGCCAAAUGCUAGACAGAUUACGAACAAUCAGCUGUCAGAAAGUACCAUAUGUGAAAAGUGUUUUAUAGCUCCUAACUAUUUUCAAUAAGAAGUUCAUCCAUCCAUAAUCAGUUAUCUUGGACCCAGGCUAUGGUUCAAUUAUUUAUGAAUAGCAAUUACAAUUUGAGUUGCUGUUACUCAGUUAUCAUUGCAGGUGGAAGCGACUUUCUAAUGGCAGAGAUGACUGUUAAUUUAUCUGACAGCUUCUCACAGAGAAUGAUGGCAAAUGCUGUUCAAAGGGAAUGGGAAACAUUAAGAGCAGGUGUGAAGUGCACUGCUAGGACAGUGUGUAUCAGGCUCCGAGAAGCAGGACUGAAGUCCCAAAAAGCAAAGAAGAAGCCCUUCGUCAGUGAGAAACAGGGAAGAACCGGGCUGCAGUUUGCAAAAUAUAUCCAUUAUUCACAGAUACACAAUAAAUUGAGAAA